CCUGAGGGCGGGAACGCUGACAGCGCCUGACAGAACCGUGCUCUUUUUUACAACGUUCUAAAACAGUUGGCGCGAAAUACUUGAGGUGUUACGUGAAGCUUCCAUUUAUACUCAAAAGAGUAACAAUGUCAAUCCAGGCCUUUUCCUUCCCUGUGCCUGAGACCAGAUUUUUUCAGGCUGGACAACAAGUCUUCAAAUUCAAGAUCAGAAGAGGAGACAUGAGCAGCGUUCAUGAGGAAGAAAUGCUGUAUGGAGCGCUAGUCAGUGAGGAGCUGGAGAAUGCUGUGCGUGCGGUACUUGCAAACCUGGAUGGUCUUCACCCCUUCACCACCCAGCAUUUCAACAUUUUUCCCUACAAAAGUAAAUGGGAACAAGUGUCCAAAAUGAAGUUCAUGAAAGAGGGUGUAAAACUGUCUCCGUACCCCUUCCUUAUCACGCUGUAUGUGGAGUAUCGUGAACCAGCCUUUCCAUAUGCAGUGAAAAAUACCAAUGCCUGGAACACACCGGAGAAACAGUCUAUAUUGAAAAGUCCACUGUGUACUAGUGAGCCAAUGAGGACCGACCAAUCUACUGCAAUGGAUCAUCCAGAAGAGGGCACUAUGAACCAACACAAAUAUACUAAGCAAAACCCAGUGUGCUUUCAGGAGUCCCCUUCCUCGGCCAGUGGUGCAGAAGAGAUGGUUUGUGGCAGUAAGGUUCAUGCUGAUUCACAUGUGACUUGUCUUCCAGCACCAAAUGUGCAUGAUGCUGCCCCUGAAAGUCCUGACCCAAAUUCAACAGCUGGACAGAACACUGGGAUCAUCACUAGAAUGGCCAGCUCGCUGUUCCCCUUCUCUCUGUUCUUCCGUAAGAGUCCUGCAAAUUAAAAAAUCCAAACCAUCGUUCCUUUACACUUACAGAGAAGAAAGAAAAAGCUGUUUACAUUUGAAGCUUCUUCAAGGUUUUCAAUAGCACUUGGUUCGUUUGUGCUGUUGGUGCAUUUUGUUUGUGUAAUUCUUCAAAACGUUUCGUUUUAACUGUGUUCGUAUGAGAGUUUCAAAUAUAUACUAAUAUUUCAAACGGUUGCUUUGGGUGAAAAUUCCUUUUGCUGCAUGUCACUGUCAGUAAGCCUGAAAUUACAUUGUAUGUUCUUUUAUGUGCAUUCACCUGAAUAGGGUCGUUAGAACAGCGAGUUUUGUUGGCUUUUUUUGUGUUUCUGUGUGUCUGAGUGUGUGCGUGUUGUUGCAGCGUUCACUAAAUUGAGUGUGUGUGUGGCAGACCACUCUCAAGAAGGUGAGGUCAUCGGCCAAGGCUAUACACGCCCGAUCCUCUUGUCUCAAAAUCCACACCUGCUUCUGACUGCCUUUGCAAAUGAUUACAGGAUCAGCAAAGAAUUAGUUGAAGAUCUCCUGUAUCUGUCAAAGACUUCUAACUUAGUUUACGUAUCGCUGUAACUUGGAAACCAGUAGAGUCAUGAAGAAUUAGAUUAUUAAUACAUCCGCUUGCACUUUAUAGCAGCUGCCAAAACAACAGGAGAGGGCAUGGCCUCACGUUUUCAUUUGUGAGCUGAUUAUAUUAAUAUCUCGACCUUUAAACCUUUGUGUCAAUCAAACUUUUUAAAAGGCUGCCCCUGUAUAAAUCUUAAUAUCUUUUUAUAAUUACACUCCAUUCUGUGAUAAAAACCCUGGAGACCUUGAAGUAUGAAUCAUGCUGAACGUGUGUGUUGUGGGGAGGUGGGUUGAGAGGAUGUGGAAUUAUGUCAUCCAUUCCUUUUCCAAUGACAUAAUGAAUUGUGCGUGUUAGAAAGUGAAUGGAUUAAUAG